AUGGCUGCAGCACAACCAGGAGCUUCAAAUUCACCAGCAGAAGUGGUGGUUGACCCAGUAUGUGUUCAACAAAUUACAGACCUUUUGAACUCCAAGAAGCCAGUGAACCAAUUGUUGGACCAAGUGGUGAAGGUUUUGUCCAAGUAUGGCUUGGCUUACACCUCCACAUUGACCCCUGGCCAACUGUUGUGCCACCCACAGAACAGGUCCAAGGCGAUGGUCAAUUGCUUGGACAUGUGGGACAAAGGUGCCAAGAUGCUCCAAGUUGGGAUGAGCCGACAACUCAUUGGCCAUUCAUUGGCCAUAGAGCUGGCCAUUGACCCAGUGAAAAGGCAAGACCAAGUAAAUGCCAAUUCCAUGCUGGUCCAAGAAGCAGAUGGAGGGUUGGCACCCAUCAGUGGCCAAGAGCGUUAUUUGACCUUGUCCAGCAGCCAUACCACAGCUUUUCUUCGAGCUAUCCAACAUGGAUGCCCUCCAAAGACCUUGAACUUGGAAGGGGGUCUGGACAUUUCCAAAGAUGACCCAUGCUGGGAUCUGAUUACCCAAGGUUGGACAUGGACAAUUUUGUCCCAUUUGGUGGAAACCCAAUUCCCACAACUUCCAACCAUGCUGCAGAGCGCUUUGAAUUCCCCAAACCAGGUUAUGAAAGCAGCCAAUGAGCUUGAACUAGCUGCUCAGUUGAGCCAAUACUUUUCCCUUGGGCUUGAACUCCAAGAAGCCAAAGAGAAAGUUUUGGCCAUAAACACAUGUCCAGCAGAAGUGCUCAAGUGCCUCACCCACAUGGUCCAAAACUAUUGUGGUGGCAGAAAUAGCAACAUCCAGCUUCUUGUUGGCCAAGAUUUGAUGGAGAGCCUGGCCUACACCAAUUUUAAGCAACCAGGUGAAUUGUUCACAUUGUGCAGGAUUGCAUUGUGGGCCACAAUGUUGACCACCUGGAAGCACCAGGAUGGGAUCCAGAAGUUGGUGACCAAAGCAGACAUUGAAAAGCUGAAGAGCAAGACCAACAUUUCCAAGUUGCAGCUGGCUGAAAGGCAAUUGCAAGGUGCACUUGAUGUUGUGGAAAAGUGCCAGGACCAGCAACAUGCCACCAAAUGUCUUGGAAGGAUGAUGAUUCGAACCAUCCUGUUCAUCCUGCAGAAGCAGAAAUGGGGCAAAGAGACUUCCAAGACAUGGAAGACCCAGGAUGAAAUUUUGGAAGCUUUCACCCAGGAAAUGGCCAACCCAAAGGUAGAGUCACUUCAGGCAGCAGAGCCAUUGGUACCAAGGGAUCUUGCCAAAGCUUCCUCCCAGGACAUGGCCUUGUUCCAAAACCCACACAUCAAGCUGAACAAGCUGCAUCUUGCAUUGCAAAACUGCUUUUAUUCCCAUACUUUUUUUUUUAACUGGCUGCCACCUUACAGUAAUGAUUUGCAUCCUUCUACCUUUCCCAGGUACAACCAGCAGAAGGACUACCCUGGCAAGGUGUUUGAAUUGACUGCACUUGAUGACUCCAAGGCCACCAUGGUUCACAAGCCUGUGCUGGCACCACCCAUCACCUUGCAAAUUCCAUUUGAAGAGUUGUCAAAAUGGAAGGUCUCCAAAGCCAAGAUGCCUGAGAUGUACCCAGCCCACAGGACCCAGGAUAUGCUUCCACAAGCUUUGCCAUUCUGCAAGGAAGAGGUUGCCAGGAUGGAAGCCACCCUGGCACUCCAUGAAGCUUGCCAAAAGCAUGCUGUGUCUCCCCAGCAGGUGGCUUUUGCAUUGCACCCAGCAAGCCUCUUUACCUUGGAAGCCAUCAAGAAACCCAAGGGGCUCAAGCUCAUUCCCAUGGGGCACUUGUCCAAAGCCAAGGAUGAGCUUCCCAAGGGUGCUAUCACUAUGGAACAUGGUGGUGUCACAUGGCACAUCCACCCUUGGAAGCAAUUCCAUGAUUGGGAGAGGCAGCCACAGCCACAGGAAUCUUUGGUUCCAUUUUGGUGGUGCAAGCCAGCUGAAAAUGAUUACAAUAUGGAGUUCAGCACCAUCACCUUACACACCAUGGGCUCCAAUUUCAAAAUCCCAUGCCUCACCAACAUGGACAAGGUUGGCCCCAAUGAAACCUUGAAUUACCAGAAAAUUGAUCCUGCAGCAGAUGACCAAGGAGAUGCUGAAGACAAUCCCAGCCAUGCACCCAAGAAGAGAAGGAAGGCUUGA